CCUCCAACGAACGCUGCAUCUGACCCCUUCUGGUGUCUUCCAGAGCAGGAUGAUAAGUCCAUUCGGAGGCUCGCAACAGCGUUCCACUGCCAACGGCCCCCAUGGGACGUGAUUUGGCUGCCAUCAUCAUCAUGCUGGAUGGCCAUUCGAUCGGGCGGUUAUCGCCAUUGGAGGAAUUUGGAAAGGGACUCGGAAUGCGCCUGUCACUUGACCAGGCCAAGUGGGCCCGGGGAGCCUCGGCCAGUCGCGACGCGAGCCUGGCUUAGUCAGCGCCGUUGCUGCUGGCGGGCGUCGGCAUUCUCCCGGAGAUAG